CAACCAAAACAUCUAACAGAAAUCCCRUAUUCCGAGAAUCGCUCGUCUUUGAUUAUAUUCUAUGUCCUCGGGUUUGUGAAAAAAGCCACUGGGCCCCAACCUAGUGAUGGCCAGCAAUAAAGAAAGCGACGAGGAGAAGGUCCAAUUAGAAAGUGAUCAUGAAGAAGAUGGACGGGACGAGAAACACACAAAUCAAUGCUGCAGUGGUUGUUUGGAAAAGAUCAACAAAAAGCGACUGGUGUCUAAGAUGUUUUAUUUCUUUUACUUCUCGGCGUUUGGUUCCCUGUGGCCGUACCUUGCGUUGUAUUUCAAACAACUCUUCAUCUCGCCUCGCCAGCUUGGUAUUCUAGUCGCUAUCAGGUCAUUCUUACAGUUUGUCUUCACGCCAAUUUGGGGAGCCUUCGCGGACAAGUACCAAAAGAGUAAAUUCGUGUUACUAGUUGGGCUGAGUUUUUGGCUUCUCACAACCUUUUCAAUCGCUCUUAUUCCAAGCCUGGAAAAACCAUCCGCUUGCUACAGCCUCAACUCCAUUGCAUUUAUCACAAACAACACUAGAAAUAUCUCUGUGAUGUCUUCAUUAGAGACAGAAAAAAGUCAUGGACAUGAUGACGACUCAACAUGGAUUGGCAGUAUAGUUCCAUGGGGUUUAGGGUUCUUUCGGUCCUACGAACCCGAAAAAUCUGUUAUAUUCAAAGAACUCUCUUUUCCGAACUUCAAGUCUCAUAAAACUCCAGAACCAGUCGCAGACUCUUCAAAACUGUUUGUCGGGCUUUUAGUGAUCACUAUCAUUGGAGUCAUGUUUUCUUCACCUACUCAAUGCCUUGCGGACACAGCGACCAUUCAAUUAUUAGGGAAAGACACACACGAAUAUGGGAAGCAAGCUUUAUGGGGGUCUGUAGGUUAUGGAUGUACUGCUUUCAUCGUUGGUGCCUCCAUAAGUGGUCAAAAACGCAUGAAUCCUUGCAGCAAGGAGAUGAACAUCAAUUAUAUUCCAUGUUUUUAUGUCUACACUGUCUAUAUGUUCUGCGCGUUGUGUGUGGCUACGCGUUUCCAAUACCAGGCGUCGAGCGGUGAGGGCAAAUGCAAGCCGAGUUUGUUAGACAGCCUAAAAGUUUUAAAACAAUUUGACUACGCUUUUUUCUUGUUUGUGGUCUUUUUCUGUGGAACUGCGACUGGAUUUAUACAAACGUUCCUUUUUUGGCACCUCAGAGAGCUUGGCGGGGAACAGAUUCUUUUUAGCUUGAUCACUAUCACUAAUAGCACUGCUGAGGUCGUAUCGUACAUGUUCUCUGAUCGAUUCCUCUGUCAUAUUGGACAUUUUAGGGUCAUAUACCUCGGUCUUGUUUGCUAUUCAUUGAGGUUUUUCUAUUACUCAUACUGCAGUCAGCCAUGGUUGUUCUUACCCAUUGAAUUAAUUCAAGGAGUAACUACAGCAGCGAUAUGGUCAUCUUUUGUUUCCUACGUGGGAUCUAUACCCGGGAUGGCUACGACACUACAGGGGCUUGUCAGUGGGUUCUAUACGGGUCUCGGAUAUGCCACCGGUGGCUUUGUCGGGGGGCUUAUGGUCCAUGUCUUCGGUUCGAGUACGUCUUUUCUGGUGUUUGGAGAGAUGAGUCUUAUUGUAUUGUUCAUGUUUAUUAUUGUCAAUAAUAUACGAACAAGCAAGCAUGAAAUUGCGAUAACUGCUCUUAAUCAAUCUAAAAAUUUUGUAUCUGAAAGACACGAUAGAAAGACUAACGGGCCUCAAGAAGAUAUGGAAAAUCAGAAGUCAGAAUGACAAAUUUAGUAAUGACUUUUUUUUUUUGCUUCAUCACUGGCUCUGUCAUCUUAGCUUAUAGCGAACCUGCACAAUAGACCCGUUUCGAAUUCCAAAUUACCGCUGUGUUUCUU